AUGACUUCUCCGGAGCGGCGAUUGUCUACGGGCGGGGCAGCACCAUGCAAAGUGUUCAUUGGAAAAUCCAGCCAUGGCGAAUUCAAGGACCAUGCAGGUCGCCAUUACGACGUUGUCGCGAGUCGAGCUGGCCCUGACGCGGCCAUCGUGAAACUAAGCAUUCAGUUGUAUUGUCUGGGUGAGCCGGAAUUCGAUCCUCACGACAUGGGUUCUUCUCUGUUAUAUUCUGAUGCUAUUCAGGGGUGGGGUAAUGCCCGUAACUAUUGGCCACGCAUUGAUGUAUACACGGGAUUUGACACCGUGGAAGAAUGCAUAGAGCAUCACCGCCGCGAGAAAGCGUUCCGCAGAGAGGCUAUCAGAAAGAUGAAGGACGACGCUGUGACUGGAUUGUCGGAAGCCGAGGCAAAAGAAAAGCUGGCCACGGAGAUCCAAGGAAUGGAACCUCUUCCGCAUAUCGUGCCAUCUUGGUGUGAAUCGACGAAGUUCGUUGAAAAUAGGUGGAGCGUUGGAGAUCGUUACAAGAGCUGGAUCUUCGUCGUACCAGCACAAAGAUCCUCCUGGGAGGACGUUAUAGAGAAUGGGCUACUAAAAGUCAAAUUUGACCUGGACGUCUCUGCCGCCAUGAUUUACUCCGAGUCACCGACGUUUGGACUGGCUCCAGGAGGAGAAGGUUGGGUUCUCGUGGAGAAGACUGGCGUCGAAAACAUGAAACCUGUUGAGAUUCUACACAUCUGCGCUAGAGAAGAGCGUGGGACAUCGGAGAUCACCCCAGGAAGCGACGCGACAUUGUUCGGUGCUUGGUGUGACGCGACAAUGCAGCUUCGAGAUUGUACUUACAAGCCGAAAGGAUGCAAGGGUUGUCGUUCCAAUGAGCCACAUGGUUUCUGUGAGCAGGAGAUGGAUGAGCACUUCAAUGAUGAGGAUGGGCAAUGCGUCGCUUGUAGAAGGGAGGAGGAGGAGGAGAAACGCCUGGGAGAGCAACAGAAUGGUCAGCCUGCCUUGGACACUGUUGGCUUAUGA